ACGCGCCAAUAUUGUUUGCAAUAUAUGUUAACAGUGCGUAAUAGUGAAACAAAAAUACACGUGUAAUAUUGUGUAGGUACCCGUCAAAUGCACAAUAACUUGCGCGUCGCUACUGCAGUUCGAGUCCGGAGCUCAUCGCGGUCGCACAAUCUCGCAUAAUAAACGCGCGCGGCGCUAAUCCAUAUGGCCGCGAUACCUAUACCUAUAAUAUUAUAACCGUUAUCCAUACGAAAAUACCGUAACCCAACCGGACCGCACUUACCGUUCAAAAAAAAAAAUUCCCAUGGCGAGGAUGAAAAGAUCCACCGUGCAGGUUUCGCUGUCGUUGUGUCUGUGCUGGUUGUCGGUCGUCUUGCGGACGAUUCCGGUCGGGGAGGCUUCACGAAUACUGGCCGUCGAAACUAUAGCAGGCAAGAGCCACUGGUACUUCAUGAGUUCGGUGCUCAGGUCGCUGACGGACGCCGGACACACGGUGACCGUUUUCACGCCGUUUCCGGACGGCGACCGGGCAAACUACACAGAGGUGGACACGUCCCGCGACUUCCCGUUGAAGCUCGACAUGGACGUGAUGCAGACGAUCCGCGAAUUUAGAGAUCCGUUCAUGUUGACGAAUCUCAUGUCUGGGCUGGCUCGAUUCUACUGCGACGCGGUCUACGGCAACCGGAAGCUGGCUGAGCUGAUAGCUUCCGAGCCACGCGACCGGUACGACCUACUCUUAAUCGAGCCGCUUGGCUUCGACUGCGUUUCGUACCUGGCCGACGUGCUCGGUCUGCCUGUGAUCUAUUCGAUCCCGUCGCCGAUGUUAACCUUCACCGAGCGGCUGUUCACCGGUCACUUGUCCAAUCCGGCUUGCGUGUCCAACAUGUUGGCCAGCCACGCCGUGCCCAACACAUUCGUCCAGAGGUUCAGCAACACGGCGCUGCUGACGUACGGCAUGAUCAAAACUCAGUACGACCAGCUGGUCACCUUGUUCACGGACCCGAGACCGUAUGACUUGGCACCGACCGUCAACCCGUCCAUAAUAUUCCAGAACACCCAUUACAUCAGUGAGUCUCCAAGACCGAUCACGCCAAACGUUAUCUACGUGGGUGGAAUACACCUAAAACCCCCCAAAACAAUACCAAAAGACAUAUUAGAUUUUAUCGAAAACUCACCCCAAGGAGUGAUAUUCUUCACAUUCGGUUCAACUAUUAAGGUGUCAUCGUUACCAGAAAAUAUUGAACAGUCGUUCAAAGAAGCGUUAGCCAACGUUCCCCAGAGAGUUUUAUGGAAAUACGAAGGUGAAAUGAAAGACAAACCGAAAAACGUGAUGACGAGAAAAUGGUUUCCUCAACGAGAAAUACUAUUGCAUCCUAAAGUGAAACUGUUCAUCAGUCACGGAGGUAUGUCCGGAGUGUAUGAAACUGUAGAUGGCGGUGUCCCCGUACUGGGAAUUCCAGUGUUUUACGAUCAACCGAGGAACAUUGAACAUUUGGUCCACAAUGGAAUGGCAAUAUCCAUGGACCUGUUGUCGAUGACCAAAGAAAAACUGUCCAAUGCCAUUUCGGAACUCAUCAACGACGAAAAAUACGCGAAAAAUGCUAAAAUUGCUUCCAACCGUUUCAAAGACCGGCCGAUGACACCGCAACAGUCGGUCGUAUAUUGGACGGAGUAUGUGAUCCGUCACAAAGGCGCACCACAUUUGAAGUCUCAGGCUCUGAACCUCACUUGGUAUCAAUACUUCCUGUUAGAUAUAAUGGCCGUAGCGUUUAUUUUCGUUUUUCUAGUCACAUUCGUAGUCUUUAAAAUUUUCAAAUGUAUAAAAUCUUUUAAAAACGACAAAGUUAAAACUCAAUGAGUCUAGUAUACUCAACUAUUGUCAUGAUUUCAAACACUGCAGCACUAUUGAAUACGAAUAGUGUAGUAUUUAUCUAUUAUUACUAUAUUAUUAUCACUAUUAUUUUAAUAUUGUUAUUAUAUAAACUGUUAUAACUAUUAUUAUUAUUUUGAUGUAAGAGUUAUGGUUGUUGUGUAUCCGCCAAUAGACGAAUUACUAAAAUAAAUAUAAGUGCAAUGGAAAA